AUGGCCGCCAUCAACGGUUCUGCCAAGAUCCUCGACCACACCACUGCUCUGCAGGUGCUGGAAGAGUACAAGACUCGCGAUGGCCUCGACAGACAGGAGCUCAUGGACACGGCCAAGCACGGCGGCCUGACCUACAAUGACUUCCUGAUCCUGCCUGGCUACAUUGGCUUCCCUGCCUCAGAGGUGACCCUGGACUCUGCCGUCACCAAGCGCAUCACCCUCAAGACCCCCUUCGUCUCCUCGCCCAUGGACACAGUCACUGAGCACGAGAUGGCCAUCCACAUGGCUCUCCAGGGCGGUCUGGGUGUUAUCCACCACAACUGCUCUCCCGAGGCUCAGGCCGACAUGGUCCGCAAGGUCAAGCGUUACGAGAACGGCUUCAUUCUUGACCCCGUUGUCAUCACCCGCGACACCACAGUUGGCGAGGCCAUCGCCCUUAAGGAGAAAUGGGGCUUCGGUGGUUUCCCAGUCACAGAGGACGGCAAGAUCGGCUCAAAGCUCCUGGGUAUUGUCACCAACCGAGACAUCCAGUUCGAAGAUGACCACAGCGCACCUGUCUCCAAGGUCAUGGUCCACGAGCUCAUCACUGCUCCCGAUGGCGUUACCCUGACCGAGGCGAACAAAAUCCUGUCCCAGUCCAAGAAGGGCAAGCUCCCCAUUGUCGACAAGGACUUUAACCUGGUUGCCAUGAUUUCUCGCUCUGACUUGACCAAGAACCAGCACUUCCCGCUGGCUUCUAAGCUUCCCCAUAGCAAGCAGCUGCUCUGCGCUGCUGCUAUUGGCACCCGGCCUGAGGACAAGAUCCGUCUGCAGAAGCUGGUCGAGGCUGGUCUCGACGUUGUUAUCCUUGAUAGCUCUCAGGGCAACAGCAUGUACCAGGUUGAGAUGAUCAAGUGGACCAAGGCUCAGUUCCCCGAUCUGGAUGUUAUCGGUGGAAACGUUGUUACCCGAGAGCAGGCUGCCAGCCUCAUCGCUGCUGGCGUCGACGGUCUCCGAAUUGGUAUGGGAAGCGGCUCUGCCUGUAUCACUCAGGAGGUCAUGGCCGUCGGCCGACCCCAGGCAGCUGCUGUUCACGCAGUCAGCAGCUUCGCUGCCCGCUUUGGCGUUCCUUGCAUCGCUGAUGGUGGUAUCCAAAACGUUGGUCACAUUGCCAAGGGUCUUGCUCUUGGCGCUUCCACUAUCAUGAUGGGCGGCCUGUUGGCUGGUACAACUGAGUCUCCCGGUACUUCUUUCGUUUCUCGCGAAGGAAAGCUGGUCAAGGCCUACCGUGGUAUGGGCUCCAUUGAUGCUAUGCAGGAUAAGAAGGCCGGUAAUGGCGGUAAGGACAGCCAGAAGAGCAAUGCCGGUACUGCUCGUUACUUCUCUGAGGGUGACAGUGUCUUGGUUGCUCAGGGUGUCGCUGGUGCCGUGGCUCACCGAGGAUCGAUCUCCAAGUUCGUUCCUUACCUUGCUGCUGGUCUCAAGCACUCUAUGCAGGACUGCGGUAUGCGCAGUCUCAAGGAGCUGCACGAAUGUGCCACCACUGGCGUCCUGCGAUUUGAGCUUCGCACAGCCAGCGCUCAGUUGGAGGGUAACGUGAACAUGGAGUCUUAUGAGAAGAAGCUUUAUGCAUAA